UUUGAAAAAAAUACAUGUUUGCAAUGGCACGAAGUUUUCAAAUUUGCAUAAAAGCAGAUGUUUGAUGUCUUUUCCAGUUUGCGUAUACAUUGCAUACGCAUUGUCUACAUCCACAUUGCGUGGAAAGUGUGGAGUUUACCUUUUUCAUGUUCUACUAAAACUUUUUCGAACUAGAUUGUGAGGUGGUGCUAUGUCUUGGGCACCCCAUCUGACUGCUCUGUUCACUUGGAUCCACGUAGCAGGUACCUUGGCGACAGUACCACUGUUGAUUGAAAAAAUCGAACCAAAUAGUACCAAGGCGAGGGUGUAUACUCUUAAUGCAACUCACCAUGUCGCACUUUUGUUCAGGAACAUACCAAAUCUGAAGACGCCUAAUCCGUUUUUGAUCAAAACGUGGUCGUCAGGUUCUGUAAGCGAACGCUUACCGAUCCUUGUGGUCGCUCAACAGAAAAGGCAAGUUUCAGCGUGGACUGUGCCUCUGACAGUCGAACCUCAAAGAACUCGAGAAGAUUAUUCGGAGGAAGAAAAUAAUGUUGGAAAGACUCUUUUUCAUAACGUUCCAGGAUCAUGUGCCAUGAUUUCAUGCGCGAAAUUAUCAAUGGAGAGUUCUCAACGUUGCCGCUGACGAUCGCCCAGAGUUUCGUGGUGGGUCUGUCGACGUCUUCUCCAACGAAUGUCUCGGUACACGUAGAGCUGGAGGAACAGACGAAGUUCUUCUUGAAAGCCGGCAAGUCGUACACGCUCAGCGUAUCGCCGAGUCAACCGAAGUACGCUUUUAUAAGUUUACGACAAAACUUCCGAUACUGUGGUGGUGGAGGUGGGAUCGGGAGAUGA